AUGGGGAGCCCAGAAUUAAACCCAGGAUUCGCGGUGCAGCCUCCCCAGUGCCCAGCACAUGGGGACAAUCAAAAGGAUGUUCUACAGCCACUGAAGAAGUGGUGUCAGCUCUCUGAGCUUGUGGCUGGCAUCGCUGUGCUUUACGGAGCUACUGGAGUUUUCGCUGUAACAGCAUUGCCACCUAGUGCUCCCGCUGUACAGUUCAGCCAGGGCCUGGGAAAUGAUGUGUUAUGCUGUUCUAUCUGGUCACUAUGUGAGUUUUGUAAUAUUUGUGACGUUGAAUCACCUUGUCAUAUCAGGAAACAGGAGAGCUAUAAAUCACCCUCCAGUGAAGAAUUCCAGCCAAUUCCACAACUACCUGAUGAAGGAUAGAAGAAACUUCUGAUCUUUGUGGAAACAAAAGACAUGAUUCUGCCAGUGGUGUUCCUGUGUCUCACAGCUGUGCUGCCUCCAUCCACUGGACAGGAAACUGCAGCUCUCAGUGCUCUGUCAAACAGCAGAGCAGAGCAGCAAAAGUUGAUUGUUGACAGACAUAAUGCCCUCAGGAGAGGAGUAAAACCAACUGCCAGCAACAUGAUGAAGAUGGAAUGGUGUCCUGCAGCAGCAGAGAAUGCCCAAAACUGGGCCAAUCAAUGUACUUUAAGGCACAGUCCUCCUAAUCUGAGGAGAACCAAUGUACUGUGUGGUGAAAAUCUCUUCAUGUCCUCUGCCCCGUUCUCAUGGUCAGAUGUUCUUCAGGCCUGGUACAAUGAGGAGAAGAAUUUUGAAUAUGGAACUGGGGCAAAAACAACAGGUGCAAUGUUUGGCCAUUACACUCAGAUGGUUUGGCACAAUUCUUAUAAAAUUGGAUGUGGUUUCGCUUUCUGCAGCAACACUACGUACAGUUACUUUUAUGUCUGCCAGUACUGCCCCGCGGGAAACCUAAUAAGUUCAAUGAAGACACCCUACAAGGAAGGAGAGCCCUGUGGGGAUUGCCCCAGUGCUUGUGAGGAUGGAUUAUGCACCAAGCCUUGA